AAGACACAUAUACUAUUUACAUUUUACAUUCAAAUUGAGAUAAUUUAUUUAUCAAAAAUAUUUUUAUAUGUUGUACACAUUUUCACACUUUUUGUAUAGAUGCAUAAAAGGAACUCCCAAUAGCCACUUAAUAGAGAAGAAGAUAGACCACAAACAUAAUUUACAGAAAAUCCAAGACGCAUGGACAAUCAUUCGAGCGAGGAAGAGUCGGAAUAGGCACAACUCACAGCCCUCCACAUGUUUGAUGAAAUGCCAACACCAACAAAAAGUGAGAGAAAGAGAGACAUUUAGACAAAAUUAGACUCAAUCAAGACUCAAAACAUGAUAGGCAAGUCAAUGUUGCACAUCACAAACUCAAGCCUACAAUGGGUAUGCAAUCAAGGAACACAAACCCUUCUAAGUCCUCCUCCUUCCUCCCUCCUCGUUGCAUCCCUCUCCUCGUUUUCUUCUCCAUCUUUGCCUUCCUCUUCUUCUUCAACCUCGACACCUUCCUAUCUCGUACCAAAGCCAUUGCACGCCAUAGUUUCAAUGAACAAACUCGUUUGUUCAUGAACGCGGAGGGUGGCAAUCUUGAAAGAGAGUUUAACAUCACGUGGGGCAAUGGGCGUGCUAAGGUACACAACAAUGGCGGGCUUUUGACUCUAUCGCUAGACAAAAAUUCAGGCUCGGGCUUUCAAUCCAAAAAAGAGUAUCUUUUUGGAAAGAUUGAGAUGCAAAUCAAGCUCAUAGCUGGGAACUCAGCUGGCACGGUCACCACCUACUAUUUAUCAUCGGAAGGGCCAACCCAUGAUGAGAUAGAUUUUGAGUUUUUAGGAAAUUCAAGUGGUGAUCCUUAUACUCUUCACACUAAUGUGUAUUGUCAAGGCAAGGGUAAUAGAGAACAACAAUUCUUUUUGUGGUUUGACCCAACUACGGAUUUUCAUACCUAUUCCAUACUUUGGAACCCCCAUAGGAUUGUUUUCUCUGUGGAUGGAACACCCAUUAGGGAGUUCAAGAACAUGGAAUCAAAGGGUAUUCCAUUCCCAAAGGACCAACCCAUGAAGGUAUACUCUAGUUUAUGGAACGCUGAUGAUUGGGCUACAAAGGGUGGGCUUGUCAAGACUGACUGGAAAAAAGCUCCUUUCACUGCAUCGUAUAGAAACUACAAAGCCGAUGCUUGCAUUUGGUCUGAAGGGGCAUCGUCUUGCAACUCGAAGUCCCCAACUUCUAACUCGAUUGAUUAUUUGUGGAUGUCGGAAAAGCUGAAUUCUACAAGCCUAGAGAGAAUGAAAUGGGUGCAAAAGAAUCAUAUGGUGUACAAUUACUGCAUCGACAAGAUGCGAUUUCCAGAGGGACUUGCUCCAGAAUGCAAGUUCUCUUAGAAAAAGUAAAAACAAACCUCCCUCUAUUAUAUCAGGGUUUUUUGUUGUUGCCUUGGCCAUUCAUGUUGGUCUAUUUUUGUCUUUUUGUUUUUGUAUGUAAACCUUGCACAUUCAGUCUUUAGUCUUUCUCAUUGUAGUUCACUAAAAUGAAUGCAACGGAUCAUUCUAUGCGGAAAGAAAAAAAAAAAAAAAAUU